CUAUGUAAGUACUGCACAAUUUCUUUUACUGCGUUGAACCCCUGCUUCUUUGUAUCCCGCCAGUGCCCGGUCCGAACCCAUUGGACCAACGGACCACCCAAUAAAUACAGUCCACUCGCUGUAACAUUUUUGGUCCUUUGUCGAGCCGGAUUGGGUUAUAAUACGAAGAUGCCAACUACAAGAUCGGGUUCGACGCAGUCUAAGACUGCAGGAAAUAGUUCGUCGUCGGAUUGGAGUAUGCACACUCCGAGCGAUACUGCAAGCUCCGCCGCUACGAGUAUCGCAAGUAUGUCGACGCUCACGAAGAGAGCGCCGACAACAAGUCCGAAAGGAAGCCGGGCCCCCGUACCCCAGUCCAAGGACGCCACCAGGAGGGAAUCAACGUCAGCAGAGGCGGUGCGCCCCGCCCCCCUGACACACGCCGCCGCGAAAGAGGUUGAAGAUUCGAACCCCGCACGUCGAGAAGGCAGUCAUACUACGCUGCAGAAUCCAAAUCGAAGCGUUGGAAUCAGGACGUCGUCGAGAGAAGGGACUCUGCAGCAGCUUGAUCCUGGGAACCCGGCCCGGGACAGGGACACAAUGUCUGCUCGCUCUUCGCAUAGGAAGAGAGCAGAAGCGCAAGCAAGAUUGACUGUGGCGUUACGGGAGCAAGAAAUGGCGGAAGCACGACUAAGGGUGGCGCAAGCACAACUAGAGCUUGUCGCCGCUGAGUCGGAAGAUGAAGAUGGAGCUGGUGAAGAAAUAUACGAGCGAACUCAUGAAGUGGAACAGUGGUUCAUCCAAACCAGCGCCGGGUCAAGCAAGGAACAGAGGCCGGUCGAGUCACAAGAUAAGAAGAGCGACAUUCAGAAGCUGGCAGAAGCAAUAGGCAAGCUGUCAGGGAAUUCGCGUGACGUCAUCGCGCCGAAGUACAUCGAACUUCCUUACUUCAAUGGAGCCUGUGAAGAAUGGUUGGCGUUCAGAAGGACGUAUGAAGAUACGGCUGCCUCCUUCAGCGCCGCACAGAACCUGGCUCGCCUCAGAAGAGCCGUACAGGGGAAAGCGAAAGAAGCAGUUCAGAGUUUACUGUUUACCGCUGAGAAGCCACAUGAAGUAAUCAAGGGAUUGGAAUCAAGAUUUGGAAGACCUGGUGCACUGGCUUUAGCUGAGUUGGAAAAACUGAAGAACUUGUCGAAAGUGAGCGAAAGUCCUGGCGAGAUCUGCGUGUUUGCAAGUCGAGUCAAGAACGCCAUCGAAACAAUCAAGGCAUUGAAGAAACCUCAGUACCUCAGCUCGCCUGAAACAUUGAAGGCUACUGUAGACAAGAUGCCAUCUACCAUGAAGUUUCGUUGGUUCGCAUAUCAUAGGGGUCGGAGAGAUGAAGACAUCCAGGAACUUAUACUCAUUGAAGAAUUCCUGGAUAUUGAAGCCGACAUGUGUGGGGACUUUGCCCCACCUGAAGUUCCAUCUGAUAAGAAGAGUUCAAGAAGACCUGUACACACUGUACAAGAAGAGUCUCAAGAUAAGAAGUUUAAGAAGUCGUGUCCCGUUUGUGAAGAGGAACAUUUUGCAACAGAGUGCAAGAAGUUCAAAGAAGCGUCGAUUGAUAAGAAAUGGGACAUCAUCAAGAAAGCGAAGAUUUGUUUCAAGUGUCUUCGCUUCAAGCACUUAAGAAGCAACUGUAAAGCGCCUGUCUGUAGGAAGUGUCGAAGAUGGCAUCACACUAUCUUACACUCGGACAAGCCAGAAGUACAGAAGUCAAGCAAUAAGGAAGGCGCAUCAGAAGAGAAAGUCGCCUCAGUCCACAACAAUAAGGAUGAAGACAGAGCAUAUUUGAAGAUUGUUCCGGUGCAACUCUACGGGCCCAAGGGACAAGUUCGUGUGCUCGCGUUGUUGGACGAAGGGUCGACCGUCACUCUCUUAGACGCGUCGAUAGCCGAGAAGAUUGGAGCUGCAGGAAGUCGCGAAGCACUCACAAUCGAAACCGUCGGCGGGAAGGUCAUAAGGAAAGAUAGCUCACAGAAGAUCAACUUGAAGAUUAAGGGGGUUCACAGAAGGGAUAAGAAGACUAUCACUGUUAGAACCAUCGACGAUCUGAAGCUAUCUGAACAAAGGGUCAACAGGAGCACUGUAAAGAAUUGCCUACACUUGAAGGCAAUUGAAAGGCAGUUGCUCUACGACGCAGAGCGACCGAAGUUGCUGAUUGGGCAAGAUAAUUGGGGACUCAUAGUCACAAGAAGACUGAAGAAGGGCAAGCCAACUGAACCCGUAGCCUCACUCACACACUUAGGGUGGGUGCUACAUGGGUGUGAAACCGGAUCGAACGCCGAAGUCAACUUCACGCACUACGGCAGGGCAACGUCAGAAUGCGAAGACAUUGAAGAAGUCGUCCGGGAACAUUUUCAGUUAGAGUCUCUGGGGAUUCAAAAUCGACUGCCAUCAAACGACAGCGAUAGAAGAGCAUUGGAAACCUUAGAGAAAACAACGAAGCGACUACCAAGCGGUCAAUUCGAAGCAGGCCUCUUGUGGAAGAAGGAAGGCGAGACCCUACCCAACAACUACAAUCAAGCGUUUCGUCGCCUGGUCAACAUAGAGAAGAAGCUGGAUCGUGAAGAAGAUGUCAAGGAAUAUUAUGAGAAGCAGAUCCAGACAUUAAUAGAAAAUGGUUACGCCGAGAAGGCCCCUGUAACCACCACUAAGGGGAAAACAUUCUACUUACCUCACUUCGCCGUCGUACACCCGGUCAAGAGGAAGCCAAGAAUUGUUUUCGACGCAGCAGCCAAGUAUGAAGGAAGAAGCCUCAACGACGCAUUGCUAGCAGGACCUGACUUGCUGCAGUCGCUAUUUGGGGUGCUACUGCGCUUUAGAGAAGGCCCAGUGGCAGUCAUGGCUGACAUACAAGAUAUGUUUCUUCGUGUCAAAGUUAAGGAAGAUGACCGGGAUUGUUUAAGGUUCCUCUGGAGGGGAAGCAGAAGAACAGGCAAACCGGAAGAGUACAGGAUGUCGUCGAUAAUAUUUGGAGCAGCUUCAUCACCUGCGACAGCUAUAUACGUGAUGAAUAAGAACGCAGAAGACUUCAAGAUCACGCACCCUGAAGCUGUGAAGGCAAUAAGAAGAAAUCAUUACAUGGAUGAUUAUCUUCAAAGUUUCUCGUCAACCGCCGAAGCAAAGAAAAUUUCAAGAGAAGUUAAAGAAAUUCAUUCAAAGGCAAGCUUUCACCUGAAGGGAUGGGCCAGUAACGACUCAAGAGUGCUGUCAGAAGUUGAAGAUACUACAAAGGAAGACUCUCUGCAGCUUACAAAGGAAGAGAAAACUCUGGGUCUAAGAUGGCUCGUCAAAGAAGAUAGCCUAGCAUUUAACAUCGGUCUUCGCAAUACACCAAUGGAGUUAUUGGAAGACAGAAGAGCGCCAACUAAGCGUGAAGUGACAAGCGCCGUGAUGUCAACAUUCGACCCAAUGGGCUUUGCGGCGCCGGUCUUGAUACAAGGGAAGAAACUUAUUCAAGGCAUUUGGCGAACUAAAAUAGGCUGGGAUGAGGCAAUCAACGAUGAACAAAGGGAAGCUUGGAUGAAGUAUCUAAGGGAGACAUCGGCUCUGACGAAACUUAGGAUUCCUCGAUGUUUUUCACCUCGUAAUAGGAGAGGGGAAUUACACACGUUCACCGAUGCAAGUGAAGAGGCUUACGCCGCAGUCGUCUACUGGAGGACAAUCGAGCCAGGGGGAAACGUUCACAUCUCUAUGAUCGCCGGUAAAGCAAGAGUGACGCCGACGAAACCAGUCUCUAUCCCACGACUGGAGCUGCAAGCAGCGCUACUUGGCAGCAGGCUGACGAACACGAUUGAAGAAGAGAUGGAACUCGAAGAAUCAAAGAAAACAUACUGGACCGACUCUAGUACAGUACUGCAGUGGAUCAAGGCGGAGCCAAGAAAGUUCAAGACGUUCGUAGCCAACCGACUUGCUGAAAUCGAAGACACAACAAGGCCAAGGGACUGGAGAUGGGUACCGACCAAAGAAAACCCAGCAGACGACGCCACAAGAGGGACGCCGGUUGAAUUCAGUCACCACUCAAGAUGGUUUCAAGGUCCGUCGUUUCUUCGUCAACCAGAAGAAGAAUGGCCUGUACAAGAAUUCAGAAUAAUGGGUAGCUUACCAGAAGAAAAGGGCGGGCAGCAGGUGAUGGCAGCAAAGGGUGAAGACGAGUCAUUCAUCGAUGUUAAGAGGUUCUCAAGCUGGGAGCGACUACUCCGUGUUACGGCCAGGGUGGUUGCUUUUGCAUGCCUCUUAUUGAAGAGGACCCGCAAGGCAGCCGCUACCGCCGUGCGCCGAGACGACCAGCCUUGGCGACCUCAAAGAAGAGCCCGAAAGAAGACUCAAGCCGCCAGUCCACCGCCUAGCAAGGAGGCACAGAGAAGAUUGUACUUACCCAUACAAGAUGACCAUCUGAAGAGGGCCGAAGCAUUACUUAUAAAAAUAAGUCAAAGUGAAAGCUUCGCGCCUGAAAUAAAAAGGCUAAAGGCAAGAACUCCCCUUGAAAGUGCAAGUAAAUUGAAGAAAAUAGACGUGUACAUCGAUGACGAAGGAAUCAUAAAGCUACGAAGUAGAACUAUGAAGUUUCGCGACGGAGGAGUAAGAAAAAUGAACCCUGUCAUCUUAGACGGAAGGCAGAGAAUCGCGCAAACUAUCAUAAGAAGCUAUCAUGAGAAGUUUCUACACGGUAACACAGCGACCGUGAUGAACGAGGUCCGACAGAAGUAUUGGAUUCUCGGUUUAAGGGCAACAUUGAAGGCAGUAGCACACGGCUGCCAAUGGUGCAAACUAAGGAAGAGUACACCCGCCAUACCGCCGGCGGGCGACCUGCCGAGCGAGCGGCUGCAACAUCAUCAGUUCCCGUUCGCUUGUACGGCACUCGACUAUUUCGGGCCGAUGCAAGUAACGAUCGGCAGGAGAGUCGAGAAGCGGUGGGUGGCAUUGUUCACCUGCCUCACCACCAGGGCUGUUCACCUGGAGUUGGCGCCAUCUCUCAGUGCCAGCUCCAUGAUUAUGGCCCUGCGACGGAUGGCGGCAAGAAGAGGGACUCCAAGAACGUUGUUCAGCGACAACGGCACGAACUUCGUCGGGGCGAACAAAGAAUUGGAGGCGGCCGCACUUGAAAAGGGAAUCAAGUGGAAGUUUAUUCCCCCGGGCAGCCCAAACAUGGGAGGCCCCUGGGAGAGGCUCGUGCGCACCGUGAAGACGGCGUUGGCGGUGGUGCUCAACGAAAGGAGCCCACCAGAAGAGGUGCUCCACACGCUGGUGACUGAGGUCGAACACAUCGUGCACUCUAGACCUCUCACCCCAGUCAGCAUGGACCCCAACAAUGCAGAAAGUUUGACCCCAAAUCACUUCCUGCUGGGGAGAUCGUGCGGAGCAAUGGCGCCGGGAGAGUUUGAGGACACCGAGCUGGUCGGCAAAGCAACCUGGAGAACAGCGCAAAGGCUCGCCGACCACUUUUGGAGACGGUGGGUGAAAGAGUACCUGCCGCUCCUCAUGCCGCGGAAAAUCGACGGGCGAACAACCGUCGACCCCAAAGAAGGCGACGUCGUAUUGAUAGUCGACGCCGCGCUACCCCGCAACUCGUGGCCUCGAGGUGAAGUUAUCAAAGUCUACCCCGGGCCAGAUGGAAGAACGAGAGUACUGGACGUGCGGACAUCAGGAGGAGUGCUGCGCCGGCCAACCAGAAGGGUCGUCGUGCUCGUGCCUGCAGCAGCAUCGUCGCAUCCAGAGGACGGCGUGCUACGCACCGCGGGGGAGAAUGUUAGCGACGAUGACAACUACGUACACCUUGCCCGGUCCGAACCCAACGGACCAACCACAAAUACAGUCCACUCGCUGGCUACACUAAAAGUCAGAAAAUAA